CAAGGUAUUAGAAACAAACGCGCACACACACACCGCUUUACCGUGUGUUCAGUGAUACAUCAACGUCAUAUGACAAGGAUAUUCUGUGUUGCUGUCUGAUGUUUUUAUCACUGUUUUCCUGUUUCAUAAUCUUAGUGCUCAGCUUUCAAUGUUGUCAAUUUUAAGGACUAGUGUUUCAGCUGCUUUCUGCGCAGUCCUCUGAGCUUGCCUUUCAUCAUGAGCGUCUCUGUAAAGACAUUUCGGAUGAAAAAAAAAAUUAUUUGAAAGCUGGUGUACAUGAAAAUAAGCAGCGACCUUGAAAGACUGGCCGCAUGGCUCACUGGGGGUGUGACUGACAAAAAUCACAGGCAAUGUCACUUGAUUCUAAUCUGUGCAUUUUGCAAUCAAUAUUUACGAUCACAUUAAAAUAGAAAUAUAUGAGGCAGUGUGGUCCAUAUUUAUACAUAUUUCUCUUAUGUCUAAAACUCUCCGUGUAUGUAUGAGCACAUAUUUCAGUAGUUUUUUUUCAUGUGAUUCUUUAGCUUCUGAUAUUUUAAAAAAGUCCGUCUAAAUCCUCCACCUGUCUAAACAAAUUGAAAUUAUUUUUAAAACAAAUUAAAAUAAAAAAAUUUAAUUAAAUUAAAACAAAAGUAGGCGUAUAUUUAUGAAUUUAAACAUAUGGACUUCCGUCAAGAUCAAAAUCUUUAGAUUACAAAAAAAAAAAACAAUAAAAAAUGGGCUAAAUUAUCUAGAUCAAGUUUGAAAUAAAGUUAUUUAAGCAAAGACAAGCUUGUUUUUCUCAAUAAAUGUGUGUUUUUUUUUUUGAUCUGUCAUUUCUGCUAAAUUUGGGCAACCUUUGAUACAGUCACUCUGUCAUUGACAUGACUAAUCAUGUGUGGUGGUAUUGGUAAAGUCCUGUGGUUAAAUACAAGUGUGGGAGGGCCAAUAAUAUAAUGGUAAUAGUCCUGUGACGUCACAGUUUGCUGCUCAUAAAAAGAGCUGAAAUAAAUCCAUCUGUCAGAAAUCCUAGGCGUUCCGAGGGGAGAACACGGGGUAAUGGUCCAGCGUCCGGAGCUCUUAAACGUGCUUUAGCUUUAUGUUACGGACUAGAGCAUUUGACCGAAUCCUUGGACCCAAACAGGAGCUCGCCUCGCCUUGUGGAUCUCUUAGUUCAGAUCUUUGCUUUUCCUGCAGAUUGCCACCAUGGACCACUUUGUGCUGACGUGUGCCAUGAUGAUCAUUGCCGCAGGUGUUCAUGGGAAACGUUGGCUGCCAUCUCUGCCAGUGGAAAACGGCUGCUACCAGGUGUCUCCAGAGGUGGAGGUUUUCCGAGUAGAGGGCGAGGCCGUGAUCCUCUACUUCCCGAUCUUCAUGCGGUCCCUCAAACUCCGUGACAUCGCCCCGGCACCUGCCCAAUACGUCAUCAGCAGGACAGACGGAACGGAGCAAACGGCGUACGAGGACGAGGGCCGGGUCCAGCAGCACGGCGGAGAGCUGUGGCUCCUCCCGGCUCGGCCUUCGGAUUCUGGGGAAUACACCUGCACUUACAGGAAUGAAACAUACUGCGUCACGGGGAGCAUCACGCUGCACGUGUACGAGUCCUAUUCUGCCGACAUAAAGACUCUCUCCUACGGGUGGUCGGCCACGGUUGGUGAGAAAGUGGAAUUUUACUGUCCGGCUCUGGACCGCUUCAACAAGACAGGCAGACCAAUAGAGUGGCACAGGGACUUUAACUCCGCUCCCCUUCAGCCGGGCAGAGCUACCCUGACGAUCCCUGCUGUAAAACGCUCCCACGCUGGAGUCUACACCUGCCGGCUGACGGUGCUCAUCAACAACCUGCAGUACAAAGUCAGCAGAGCCUACCUGCUCCACGUCGAAGGUUCAGACCCUGCAGUUACUACCUCCAUGCCUGUCGUCACCACGCCGUCAGGUCCGGGUCAGCCCAGCAGCAGCACCCUCAGUACCGCCAGCCUCGUGAAACCGCCAGUGAUUGCCUCACCAAUCAAUGGAACCGUCUUUGAAAGCUCUCACGGUUCAGGACUGGAGCUGUUCUGUCAGGUGGUCACUGAAUGCCAACUGGCAGACUCCACUGUGGUCACAUGGCUGGUAAACGACCAAUCAGUGGAGUCAUCCUACCUCGACAGGCGGGCUCUGCAGGGAGAAAGAAGGGUAACCCGGGUCUCUGAAAGGUGUCAGAUUGAAGUGAGGUUCGUUAUCUCGACUAUAACUGAAGAAGAUGAGAAGACGGAGAUGAAGUGUGUCACUCAGAACACAGGCGGGAAACAGGAAGUUGUCACAAUGCUUCGUCUGGAAGAUACUACCUUCACAUGGCUGGUGGUAGGCGUGGUGACAGCGGCCUGCUUCCUCACGGUGGUCUGCGUCUUCCUUUACGUCCUCUUCAAGCCAGAGACUAAGAAGAAAAUGGAUUACAUUCUCGCUCGCCAGAGCAGCACCUUUUCAGUUUAGCUUUUGUUUCACACGCUCCCUCCGUCAAAACAAAAACGCUCCUCUAAACAAUAUUUGGGUGAACUAUGUAGAAAUGUGACUUCCAUCACGUUGUACUUGGAGUGUAAGUGGCACUCACACCAAGUCUUUUUAUUCAUGAAUGUAUCAGCCACUGGACAGGAAGAAGGAAGAUGUUACGGUGAUAAACGUUUCAUCAGCACCAGUAAUUGAUUUAAUGACGAGAUUGUUUGCUGUGGUUUUGCACUUCUGUGAUUUAAACCGGUACUACUCCCUUUUAUAUAAACCUCCAUCAGUUUAAUUCACUUUUUUUUUUCUUUUGUUAAGUAAAAUGAAGUGACUACCUCAGUUACCAGAUGUUACACAUAUGUAUUUUUUUUCUGCUCAUUUGCUGUAGUGUGCUUUGAGUAUAAUGGAUAUAUCAGUAUGUUAUUUCCAAAAUGCUGCAAAUGUUCUCAGGGAGAAAUUGAAUAUUAAAGAAAACAUAUAAUCUUUUGAUUAUUUUUGUUUAUGUCAUAAACAUUUAAAGGACAGAAAUAACGCAACUUUUAACAUGUUGUUUUAUUGUUAUUGAAUGUAAUACUCCUGCUGUUGUAUCUUACAUACAAAACAACCCAAUGUAUUAAAUGACUCCUACGUGAA